AUGGACGACUUCGAUCCGGACAUCUCUAAUGGUACAUGCUACUACAGAGACGGUAGCAGGCUGUCAUCGAGAUACAUACCUUGCGGUAACGGUGCACUGGGCCACAAAACAUGUUGCGAAAGCCUCGACAUGUGCUUGUCUUCGCGGGCGUGCUAUAAUGGUCAGUAUGGUGUCACCUAUCUGGCUGGCUGCACCGACCCCAACUAUCAAGAUGCGACUUGUCCGGACAAGACCCCGUUUCAAGACCAGCAAUGGGCAGGCUUAGUCCUUUGUCAACCGACGUACAACGACGAUAGAAACGAGUGGAUCGCCUGUGAAGAUGAAGGAAUGACUAUCAGCAGUCCUGCCGCCUGUACUUGCCCCAAAACCUCUAGAACCGUCGCCUUCACCGACUCCACCGCACUCGAUAAUAUCAUGUCCUUGCCGGCCUCGCAUGGCGGGACCGUUACGUGGAAGAAUGCCGCAGCGGCCUCCGCUGCACACUCCUCUGACCCAAUACCAAACAGUCUCUCUGGGGCCACCAGUAGCCUCGAUGGCACCUCAAUCCCGACUUCCACACGCAAAGAAUCACAGUCGGUCUUGUCAGCGACGAGCAGGACAUCAUUUUCGACAUCGUCCAUCUUCCCAACCUCAAAUGCGAGCCAACCAAUCUCUCAAGAGUCAUCAUCGGCUCACAGUCUGGGGAAAGAUGCGAUAAUAGGCGUGGUGUUUGGGGUACUAGGUGCGGUGAUAAUUGUGGUCUUGUUAGGGUUGCUGUGCCGGAAAUGCUUGAAACGUAGAAGAGAUGACGAGCAAACACCACUCCCUCCCGAUGAUGUAACACCACACUUACCUGAUCCUGACUUGAGAAGCACUUCCUGGUCAGGUCACAAGUCUGAACUGGCUGCGGAUGAAAGCACCACGAGGUCGCCAAUAUAUGCCUACGGCUGGUCUCCUAGACCUGAGAGCGCUGAAGUUGGAGGCAAUCACCUCUUCCCCCGGUCCCCUCGGUCACCCAAAGGACCUGUCCAAGAUGGAGGAUUGCAAAGACCUGGACAUCAGAGCACUUGCUACGAGCUGCCUGCAUGA